CAGUACACGCUCUCAGACACCAUCACCAGACACCAGUACCAGCAUGUACCCCCUCAAUAAGCUACUCGAAGUCGGAAAGCUCGAAGUUGGGCAGUCCGUCAAGCAUACUCUCCACUAUGAGAUAGUCGGAAACCCGAAUGGCAAGCCAGUCGUCUUUUUGCACGGCGGCCCUGGAUCCAACGUCACCGAAAAGGACAGGGGGUUCUUCAAUCCCGACAAGUACAAAGUAAUCCUCUUUGAUCAGCGUGGCGCGGGCAAGUCGAAACCGAGCGCGUGCUUGGAAGAAAACACUACGUGGGAUCUCGUCAAAGACAUUGAGAAGCUCCGCGAGACGCUUGGUAUCAAGACAUGGCACGUCUUUGGUGGAUCAUGGGGUUCAACUCUUGCCCUUUCGUACGCUCAGUCGCACCCUGACAGAGUCAGAAGUCUCGUGCUUCGCGGUAUUUUCACUCUCCGGAGGAGUGAACUCCGGUUCUUCUACCAAGAUGGCACCUCGCAUCUCUUCCCCGAGGCAUGGGACGAAUACAUCGCGCCCAUUCCCGAGGCUGAGCGGCACGACAUCAUGCUCGCGUACCACGCGCAGCUCAACGCUGUCGACGACGCCGUGCGCAUCCAGGCGGCCAAAGCGUGGACCAAGUGGGAGAUGGCUACGUCCAAGCUGUACGUCAGCCAGGAACAGAUCGCGGAGGCGGAGAAGGACGACUAUGCCAAUGCAUUCGCUCGGAUAGAAAACCACUAUUUCGUGAACGAGGGGUUCAUGCGUGACGGCCAGCUGCUUGAAAAGCAGGAGAUCGAUAAGAUCCGGCAUAUCCCCUGCAUCGUCGUGCAGGGCCGCUAUGAUGUCGUGUGCCCGGCAACGACAGCAUGGCAACUCAAGAAAGUCUGGCCUGAGAUCACCCUCCACAUCGUCGCAGACGCAGGCCACUCCUCACGGGAACCCGGGAUCGAGAAGCUGCUCGUCGAGGCGGCUGACAAGAUGGUCAAUGCGGACACCAAGGGUGCUGACGAGUGAUGGCUUAUGCUUCCUGAAUUGAACUCCAUGUAUACAAUACCGCUUUCCUUCGUGUACGAGUAGGAAUUGACUCCCAGAACAAUUAUUGCUUCACUGCGAGCGCAUUUC